GCCCCGCGGUGCUGAGCCGGCGCCGUCCGCAGCCCCGCCGCCGCUCCGAGGACGCGGUCGCAGCCCAGGAGAGCCGCCGGGGAUUCGGUGUGAGCGCGGGUGCGUGUGGAAUAACCGCAGACAUGACUGCGUGGAGGAAAUUCGAGGCUCUGCUGGUUUUCUGCGCGGGGCUCCUCGCUGCGGCUCAGGGUCAAAACUGUGGAGGUUUAGUACAGGGACCGAAUGGUACUAUAGAAAGCCCUGGAUUUCCUCACGGUUAUCCAAAUUAUGCCAACUGCACGUGGAUCAUUAUCACAGGAGAACGAAACAGGAUACAACUGUCGUUUCAUACUUUUGCCCUCGAGGAAGAUUUUGAUAUACUGUCAAUUUAUGACGGACAGCCACAGCAAGGCAAUUUAAAAGUGAGGUUAUCUGGAUUUCAGCUUCCAUCAUCUAUUGUGAGCACAGGUUCCAUCCUCACCCUCUGUUUCACCACAGACUUUGCUGUCAGUGCUCAAGGUUUCAAAGCUAUCUAUGAAGUAUUACCUAGUCAUACAUGUGGCAACCCAGGAGAAAUACCUAAAGGAGUACUUCAUGGAACAAGAUUCAACAUUGGAGAUAAAAUCCGAUAUAGCUGUAUCUCUGGUUACAUCUUAGAAGGCCAUGCCAUGUUGACAUGUAUUGUGAGUCCUGGAAAUGGUGCAUCGUGGGAUUUUCCAGUUCCUUUUUGCAGAGCUGAAGGAGCAUGUGGAGGGACACUACGUGGGACAAGUGGAACUAUUUCAAGUCCUCACUUCCCUUCAGAGUACGAAAAUAAUGCUGACUGCACCUGGACCAUAUUGGCUGAACCAGGAGAUACUAUUGCUUUGAUCUUUACUGACUUCCAGUUGGAAGAAGGAUACGACUUCUUAGAGAUCAGUGGAACAGAAGCACCUUCAAUAUGGCUCACUGGUAUGAAUCUACCCUCCCCUGUUAUCAGCAGUAAGAACUGGUUACGACUUCAUUUUACAUCUGACAGCAACCACCGGCGAAAGGGAUUUAAUGCUCAGUUUCAAGUGAAAAAAGCAAUCGAACUGAAAUCAAGAGGAGUCAAGAUGUUGCCCAGCAAAGACAGUAAUCACAAAAAUUCUGUCUUGACGCAGGGGGGGGAUGCAGUUGCAUCUGAUACAUGUCCUGAUCCUGGGAUUCCUGAAAAUGGGAAAAGAGUGGGCUCUGACUUCAGGGUGGGUGCAAGUGUGCAGUUUUCCUGUGAAGAUAACUAUGUGCUACAAGGUUCUAAGAGCAUCACUUGUCAGAGAGUGACAGAUACACUGGCUGCCUGGAGUGACCACAGGCCAAUUUGCCGAGCUAGAACAUGUGGUUCUAAUUUGCGUGGACCAAGUGGAAUUAUUACAUCACCAAAUUAUCCAGUUCAAUAUGAAGACAAUGCACACUGUGUGUGGGUCAUUACAACAGUAGAUCCAGAAAAGGUCAUAAAGCUUGCUUUUGAAGAGUUUGAACUGGAAAGAGGAUAUGAUACCCUCACUGUUGGAGAUGCUGGGAAAGUUGGUGAUACCAGGACAGUGUUGUAUGUACUUACUGGAUCUAGUGUUCCUGACCUUAUUGUAAGCAUGAGCAACCAGAUGUGGCUUCAUUUACAAUCUGAUGACAGCAUUGGCUCUCCAGGAUUCAAAGCAGUUUAUCAAGAAAUUGAGAAAGGAGGCUGUGGUGACCCUGGUAUUCCAUCAUAUGGGAAAAGGACCGGCAGUAGUUUCCUGCAUGGAGAUACACUUACCUUUGAAUGUCAAGCAGCUUUUGAACUGGUGGGAGAGAGAAUGAUUACAUGUCAACAAAACAACCAGUGGUCUGGCAACAAACCCAGCUGUGUUUUCUCAUGUUUCUUCAACUUCACCACACCAUCUGGAAUUAUUCUUUCACCAAAUUAUCCUGAGGAGUAUGGGAACAACAUGAACUGUGUUUGGCUGAUUAUCUCAGAGCCAGGAAGCAGAAUUCAUCUGAUUUUCAAUGACUUUGAUGUUGAACCUCAGUUUGACUACCUGACUGUGAAAGAUGAUGGGAUUUCAGAUUUACCACCUCUUGGCACAUUUUCUGGCAAUGAAGUCCCUUCUCAACUAGCUAGUAGUGGGCACAUAGUAAGACUUGAAUUUCAGUCAGAUCACUCUACAACUGGAAGAGGAUUUAAUAUCACUUACACAACAUUUGGUCAGAAUGAGUGCCAUGAUCCAGGUAUUCCUGUAAAUGGGAGACGUUUUGGAGACAGGUUCCUUCUUGGAAGUUCUGUUUCUUUCCACUGUGAUGAUGGCUUUGUGAAGACACAAGGCUCUGAAUCCAUAACAUGCAUUAUGCAAGACGGAAAUGUAGUAUGGAGCUCAGCUGUCCCACGCUGUGAAGCACCAUGUGGUGGGCAUUUGACAGCAUCGAGUGGUGUGAUCUUGCCACCAGGGUGGCCAGGAUAUUAUAAGGAUUCACUUAACUGCGAAUGGGUGAUUGAAGCAAGACCAGGACAUUCCAUUAAGAUUACUUUUGACAGAUUUCAGACUGAGGUUAAUUAUGAUACUUUGGAAGUCAGAGAUGGACCAGCUAACUCAUCACCAUUAAUUGGAGAAUACCAUGGAACACAAGCACCUCAGUUCCUUAUCAGUACUGGCAAUUACAUGUAUCUGCUGUUCACUACAGACAACAGUCGUUCCAGCGUUGGCUUCCUAAUUCACUAUGAGAGUGUUACUCUGGAAUCAGAUUCCUGCCUUGACCCAGGGAUUCCUGUGAAUGGCCAUCGCCAUGGAAACAACUUUAAUAUCCGCUCUACAGUAACUUUCAGCUGUGAUCCAGGAUAUACACUGAGUGAUGAAGAACCACUUGUAUGUGAAAGAAACCAUCAGUGGAAUCAUGCAUUGCCCAGCUGUGAUGCAUUAUGUGGUGGAUAUAUUCACGGAAGGAGUGGAACCAUUCUUUCUCCAGGUUUUCCGGAUUUUUAUCCAAACUCUUUAAACUGCACUUGGACUAUUGAAGUGUCACAUGGCAAGGGUGUGCAGCUGUUAUUUCAUACUUUUCAUCUUGAGAGCUCCCAUGACUAUUUGCUCAUAACUGAAGAUGGCAGCUUCACAGAACCAGUAGCCAGGUUAACUGGCUCAGUCUUACCCCCUACUGUUAAAGCUGGCCUCUUUGGAAACUUUACUGCGCAACUUCGAUUUAUAUCUGAUUUUUCAAUUUCUUAUGAAGGCUUCAACAUAACAUUUUCAGAAUACGAUCUAGAGCCAUGUGAUGAUCCUGGUGUUCCUGCCUUCAGCAGGCGAAUUGGCUUUCAGUUUGGUGUUGGAGACUCCUUGAUCUUUUCUUGUUUCCCUGGAUAUCGCUUGGAAGGUGCUAAUAAACUUACCUGCCUGGGUGGUGGUCGGCGUGUAUGGAGUGCACCUCUGCCAAGGUGUGUGGCUGAAUGUGGAGCAACUGUCUCUGGAAAUGAAGGAACAUUGUUGUCUCCAAAUUUUCCAUCUAACUAUGACAACAACCAUGAAUGUAUCUAUAAAAUUGAAACAGAGGCUGGAAAAGGGAUCCAUCUUAGAGCAAGGAGUUUUCAGCUGCACGAGGGAGACAUUAUUAAGGUGUAUGAUGGAAAAGACAGUUCUUCUCGUUCUCUGGGUGCCUUCACCAAGAAUGAAAUGGUGGGAGUUAUCCUUAACAGCACCUCUAACCACCUGUGGAUAGAGUUUAAUACCAAUGGAUCUGAUACUGACCAAGGAUUUCAGCUCACUUAUACAAGUUUUGACCUAGUCAAGUGUGAAGAUCCUGGCAUACCGAAUUAUGGCUACAAGAUCCGAGAUGAAGGACAUUUCAUAGACACUGUCAUCUUAUACAGCUGUAAUCCUGGCUAUACAAUGCAUGGCAGUGGCAUUAUGACUUGCUUAAGUGGAGAUAGGAGAGUCUGGGACAAACCUCUGCCUACUUGCAUAGCUGAAUGUGGUGGUCGAAUUCAUGCUGCUACAUCGGGGCGCAUUUUGUCCCCAGGUUACCCGGCACCAUAUGACAAUAAUCUUCAUUGUACCUGGAUAAUUGAAGCAGAUCCAGGAAAGACAAUAAGUCUGCAUUUUAUUGUUUUUGACACUGAAGUUGCUCAUGACAUCUUGAAGGUAUGGGAUGGGCCCAUUGAAAGCAGCAUAUUGCUUAAAGAGUGGAGUGGCUCAGCCCUUCCAGAGGAUAUUCACAGCACUUUCAACUCACUGACAUUACAGUUUGACAGUGACUUCUUCAUCAGCAAAUCAGGCUUCUCCAUCCAAUUUUCAACUUCUAUAGCAUCAACCUGCAAUGAUCCUGGAACACCACAAAACGGUACCAGAUAUGGAGACAGCAGAGAGCCUGGGGAUACUACUACCUUUCAAUGUGACCCUGGUUAUCAACUUCAAGGACAAGCUAAAAUUACAUGUGUGCAACUGAAUAACCGAUUCUUCUGGCAACCUGAUCCUCCCACAUGCAUUGCUGCAUGUGGAGGUAACCUGACAGGCCCAGCAGGAGUUAUUUUAUCACCUAACUAUCCACAGCCGUAUCCUCCUGGGAAAGAAUGUGACUGGAGAAUAAAAGUAAACCCUGACUUUGUCAUUGCCUUGAUAUUCAAAAGUUUCAAUAUGGAACCCAGUUAUGAUUUUCUACAUGUUUAUGAAGGGGAAGAUUCCAACAGUCCUCUAAUUGGCAGUUUUCAAGGCUCACAGGCUCCUGAAAGAAUAGAAAGCAGCGGUAACAGUCUGUUUCUGGCUUUUCGCAGUGAUGCUUCUGUUGGAAUGUCAGGAUUUGCUAUUGACUAUAAAGAAAAGCCACGGGAAGCUUGUUUUGAUCCUGGAAACAUCAUGAAUGGAACAAGAAUUGGAACAGAUUUUAAGCUUGGUUCAACUAUUACUUACCAGUGUGACUCUGGAUAUAAAAUUGUUGAUCCUUCAACUAUUACAUGUGUAAUUGGUACAGAUGGAAAACCAGCAUGGAACAGAGCACUGCCAUCUUGUAAUGCACCAUGUGGAGGACAGUACACAGGAUCAGAGGGUGUGGUUCUAUCACCAAGUUAUCCUCAUAAUUAUACUGCUGGACAGACUUGCCAUUAUUCAAUAACAGUACCUAAAGAAUUUGUUGUGUUUGGACAAUUUGCCUAUUUCCAAACAGCUCUGAAUGACGUGGCAGAAUUAUUUGAUGGAGAUAACUCUCAAGCUAGACUACUUAGUUCACUGUCUGGAUCCCACUCAGGAGAGACAUUGCCUUUGGCAACAUCUAAUCAAAUUCUUUUGCGAUUCAGUGCUAAGAGUGGAGCAUCAGCAAGGGGGUUCCAUUUUGUUUACCAAGCUGUUCCACGCACAAGUGAUACACAGUGUAGCUCAGUUCCAGAGCCUAGGUAUGGAAGGAGAAUUGGGUCUGAGUUUUCAGCAGGCUCUGUUGUUCGAUUUGAAUGUAGUCCUGGAUACCUGCUGCAAGGCUCAAAAGCUAUCCGAUGUCAUUCUGUACCUAAUGCCUUAGCUCAGUGGAAUGACACAGUACCAAGCUGUGUAGUGCCAUGUAGUGGGAAUUUUACUGAGCGGAGAGGUACUAUUCUAUCACCAGGUUACCCUGAACCUUAUGGUAACAGCUUGAACUGUGUGUGGAAAAUCAUAGUGACUGAAGGAUCAGGUAUUCAGAUCCAAGUCAUCAGCUUUGCCACUGAACAUAACUGGGACUCUCUUGAAAUAUAUGAUGGUGGAGAUAUGACAGCACCACGUCUUGGGAGUUUUUCGGGUACAACUGUGCCAGCGUUGUUGAAUAGCACUUCCAAUCAACUUUAUCUACAUUUUCACUCUGAUAUUAGUGUAGCCGCAGCUGGUUUCCACCUGGAAUACAAAACUGUAGGCCUUGCUGCCUGUCCAGAACCAGUAAUUCCUAGCAAUGGGAUCAAAUCAGGAGAUAGAUAUAUGGUGAAUGAUGUUCUGUCAUUUCAGUGUGAACCAGGGUAUACAUUACAGGGCCGUUCUCAUAUCUCUUGUAUGCCAGGAACAGUUCGACGCUGGAACUAUCCAUCUCCUCUCUGCAUUGCUAAAUGUGGUGGAACUCUGACAAACAUGGGUGGUGUGAUCCUAAGCCCGGGUUUUCCUGGAAAUUACCCUAGUAACUUGGAUUGUACAUGGAAAAUUUUAUUGCCUAUUGGAUAUGGUGCACAUAUUCAAUUUCUAAAUUUCUCUACUGAAGCAAAUCAUGAUUUUCUUGAAAUUCAGAAUGGGCCUUACCACACCAGCUCUAUGAUUGGCCAAUUUAGUGGAAUGGAACUCCCAUCACCUUUACUAAGUACUACUCAUGAAACACUUGUCCAUUUUUACAGUGAUCACUCAGAAAACAGGCAAGGAUUUAAGUUGACAUACCAAGCUUAUGAGUUACAGAACUGCCCGGAUCCUCCUCCUUUUUUGAAUGGAUAUAUAGUCAACUCUGAUUACAGUGUAGGUCAGUCAGUGUCAUUUGAAUGCUAUCCUGGAUAUGUCUUGAGGGGGCAGCCUGUUCUCACAUGCCAACAUGGGAUCAACAGGAAUUGGAACUAUCGCUUCCCCAGAUGCGAAGCUCCUUGUGGCUAUAAUGUGUCUGCUCAGAAUGGUACAGUUUAUUCCCCAGGAUUUCCAGAUGAAUACCCAAAUUCCAAGGACUGUACUUGGUUGAUUGUUGUUCCUCCAGGCCAUGGGAUUUAUAUCAAUUUUACUUUACUCCAAACUGAACCUGUGAAUGACUACAUUGCUGUUUGGGAUGGUCCUGACCAUAAUUCACCUCAGCUGGGAGUGUUCAGUGGGAACACAGCUCUGGAAACAGCUUACAGUUCCACCAAUCAAGUCCUCCUCAAAUUUCACAGUGAUUUUUCAACAGGAGGAUUCUUUGUUCUCAAUUUUCAUGCAUAUCAGCUGAAGAAGUGCCAGCCUCCACCAAUAGUUCCUCAUGCAGAUUUGUUUACAGAAGAUGAUGACUUUGGAAUAGGAGAUUUUGUCAAGUACAAAUGCCAUCCUGGUUUUACUCUUGUUGGACAAGAUAUAUUAACCUGCAAACUGAAUACACAAUUGCAGUUUGAAGGAUCUUCUCCAAUUUGUGAAGCACAAUGUCCAGCAAAUGAAAUCCGUACAGAAUCAUCAGGAGUAAUCCUCAGUCCAGGUUACCCAGGCACAUAUCCCAACUCUCAGACCUGUUCUUGGACUAUAAAGGUUGAUCCGGGAUAUAACAUCUCCAUAUUUGUAGAAAUGUUUCAAAGUGAAAAGCAGUUUGAUGAGCUGGAGGUAUUUGAUGGUUCUUCUGGACAGAGCCCUUUACUGGUUGCUUUAAGUGGAAAUCAUACUGGACAACUGAACUUUACAAGCAAAAUGAAUCAGCUAUAUCUUCGCUGGUCAACUGAUCAUGCAACCAGCAAGAAAGGAUUCAAGAUCCGUUACUCAGCUCCCUAUUGCAGCCUAAAUCCUACAUUGAGGAAUGGUGGAAUUGUAAAUAAAACAGGUGGUCCUGCUGGAAGUAAAGUUCAUUAUUACUGCAAACCUGGAUAUAGAAUGAUUGGUCAGAAUAAUGCAACAUGUAGACGUCACCAAAAUGGCAUGUAUCAGUGGGAUUCCCCUGUGCCAAUCUGCCGAGCUGUAUCUUGUGGUAUUCCUGAUUCUCCUGGGAAUGGUUCAGUUAUAGGUAAUGAAUUCACUUUGGGCAGUAGAUUGAUAUAUGAAUGUAAUGAGGGAUUCAAGCUAGAAUCCAGUCAACAAGCAACAGCAGUGUGUCAAGAAGAUGGAUUGUGGAGCAACAAAGGGAGGCCACCUGUGUGCAAAUCUGUAACUUGCCCCAACAUAGAGACUCUGCUUUCAGAACAUGUUGUCUGGAGAUUGGUUUCUGGGUCACUGAAUGAGUACGGAGCUCAAGUCAUGCUCAGCUGCAGUCCUGGGUAUUAUUUAUUGGGUCGAAGACUCAUACAGUGCAGGACUAAUGGAACCUGGAGUGUAGGCAAUGAAAGGCCAAUCUGUAAGGUUAUCUCCUGUGGUGGUCUUCCAUCUCCACCAAAUGGAAAUAAGAUUGGAACCUUAACAGUAUAUGGAGCCACUGCAAUAUUCACCUGUAACACAGGAUACACAUUAGUUGGUUCUCACGUGAGAGAAUGCUUGGCAAAUGGUCUUUGGAGUGGUGCUGAAACCCAGUGUCUAGCUGGUCACUGUGGCUCUCCAGACCCAAUUGUAAAUGGCCAUAUUAGUGGAGAUGGCUUCAGUUAUCGUGAUACUGUAGUCUAUCAGUGUAAUCCUGGCUUUCGACUUGUUGGUACGUCUGUCAGAAUUUGCCUACAGGAUCACAGAUGGUCUGGGCAAACUCCUGUUUGUGUCCCAAUCACGUGUGGACAUCCUGGGAAUCCAGCUCAUGGAAUGACUAAUGGCAGUGAGUUUAAUUUGAAUGAUGUUGUAAAUUUUACUUGCAACACUGGGUACUUACUUCAGGGUGCUUCUCGAGCACAGUGCCGAAGCAAUGGGCAGUGGAGUAACCCUUUACCAAAUUGCCGAGUGGUGAACUGUUCUGAUCCUGGUUUUGUUGAAAAUGCUAUUCGUCAUGGCCAACAGAAUUAUCCUGAAAGUUUCAAAUAUGGGACAAGUGUGGCAUACCAUUGCAAGAAGGGCUUUUAUCUGUUGGGCUCAUCUGCUUUGACCUGUAAAUCUAAUGGCUUAUGGGAUAGAUCACUGCCAAAGUGUUUGUCCAUUUCUUGUGGACAUCCAGGGGUACCUGCCAAUGCAGUUCUUUCUGGAGACAAAUUUACAUAUGGCUCCAUAAUUCACUAUUCUUGCACAGCGGGUCGAAGACUCAUAGGAAAUUCUACGAGGGAGUGUCAAGAAGAUAGCCACUGGAGUGGGACUCUCCCUCACUGUUCAGGAAAUAAUCCUGGCUACUGUGAUGAUCCAGGAAUACCAGCCCAUGGGUCUAGAUUAGGAGAUGAGUUCAAAAUAAAAAGUUUGCUUCGUUUCUCCUGUGAAAUGGGUUAUCAACUGAGAGGAUCUUCAGAACGAACGUGCCUGCUUAAUGGGUCUUGGUCAGGUAUACAGCCUGUGUGUGAAGCUGUAUCUUGUGGAAACCCUGGCACUCCAGCCAAUGGUAUGAUAAUAUACAGUGAUGGAAUAUUAUUCUCCAGCUCGGUUAUUUAUGCUUGCUGGGAAGGUUACAAAACUUCAGGGCUAACUACUCGACAUUGUACUGCCAAUGGGACAUGGACUGGCACUGCUCCAGACUGCACAGUGAUCAGCUGUGGAGAUCCAGGUGCAUUAGCAAAUGGCAUUCAGUUUGGAAAUGAUUUCACCUUUAAUAAGACAGUCAGCUAUCAGUGCAAUCCAGGAUAUGUGAUGGAGCCUGCCAGUUCAUCUACCAUGCGUUGUAUAAAAGACAGCACUUGGAACCAGAGUAAACCAAUUUGCAAAGCUAUCACCUGUGGCCCACCUCCACCAGUACUCUAUGGAAAAGUGGAAGGAUCUGAUUAUCACUGGGGUGCUAGUGUGAGUUACAGCUGUGCAGAAGGCUAUCAGCUAUCUAACACAGCUAUUCUUUCCUGUGAGGGUCGAGGAAUAUGGCGGGGAGACAUCCCACAAUGUUUGCCGGUGUUUUGUGGUGACCCUGGUACACCAGCAGAAGGACGCUUGAAUGGAAAAAGCUUUACCUACAGAUCUGAAGUUAGCUUUCAGUGCAGACCUCCUUUUAUUCUAAUAGGCUCUUCAAGAAGAUUUUGCCAAGCAGAUGGUACUUGGAGUGGAAUACAACCAACAUGCAUUGAUCCAGCUCACAAUACGUGUACAGACCCUGGCACUCCACAUUUUGGAAUGCAAAACAGUUCCAGAGGUUAUGAGGUUGGAAGUACAGUCUUUUUCAGAUGCAGAAAAGGUUAUCAUAUUCAGGGAUCUACAACCCGUUCUUGUCUUGCUAACUUAACUUGGAGUGGCAUACAGUCUGAAUGUAUUCCUCAUGCAUGCAGGCAGCCAGAGACACCAGCACAUGUAGAUGUGAAAGCAAUAGAUCUUCCUACUUUAGGGUAUACUUUGGUGUAUACCUGUCAGCCAGGAUUUUUUCUUGCUGGUGGAUCAGAGCAUCGAACAUGUAAGCCGGAUAUGAAAUGGACAGGAAAAUCACCUAUUUGUAAAAGUAAAGGAGUGAGAGAAGUUAAUGAAACAAUAACUAAAACUCCAGUUCCUUCAGAUGUGUUUUUUAUAAAUUCACUGUGGAAAGGAUUUUAUGAAUAUCUAGGAAAAAGACAGCCUGCUACUCUUACUGUUGAUUGGUUUAACACUACAAGCAGCAAAGUGAAUGCCACAUUCACUGAAGCAUCCAGCCUACAACUCAAACUGUCAGGUGUUUACAAGAAGGAAGAAGCCCAUUUGCUACUGAAAAUUUUUCAGAUCAAAGGAUCUAAUGACAUUUUCACAAACAAGUUUGAAAAUGACAACUGGGCACUAGAUGGUUAUGUGUCAUCGGGGCUUGAAAGAGGUGUUUUUACUUAUCAAGGUGACAUACAUGGAAAAGACUUUGGAAAAUUUAUGCUACAAAGACAAGGUCCCUUAAGUGCAGACACAGACCUUUCAAAUCACUAUUAUGGUACAAACAGCAGUUCUGUUGCAGCUGCCAUCCUGGUACCUUUCUUUGCUCUAAUAUUAUCAGGGUUUGCAUUUUACCUCUACAAACACAGAACAAGACCAAAAGUACAGUACAAUGGAUAUGCUGGACAUGAAAACAGCAAUGGACAGGCUUCAUUUGAAAAUCCUAUGUAUGACACAAACUUAAAACCCACAGAGGCAAAGGCUGUGAGGUUUGAUACAACUCUGAACACAGUUUGUACAGUGGUAUAGCCUUCAGUGCCCAAUAUGACUGAUUCAUAGCCAUACCUCUGAUGGACAAGCAGUAAUUCCUUUGGUGCCAUAUACCAGUUUCCCUUCUUCUCUUGGCUUUGCUGCUGUAAUCUUUAACAUCUUCUGUGAGCCUACAUGCAGCUAAAUUUUCUGGUAAAAAUGUGUCAGUCUUCUGGGGAUCAGACAAGGAAUAUUUUUUCACCUUAAGUUGGAUUAAAAUGCCUGGCUGCGUCUGCUUCAACUCAAGGCACACUUUAAGGAAGACUGCCAAGUCACAUCAAUUAAUCAUAUUUAAUGCCUCAGACUUUCAUAUUUGUAUGUGGCUGGAUGCCUUUCAAUGCAUUCUUCUGGGCACCUGGAUAAAUUCUUUGAGUACUGUGACAAAUGAUAGCACCACAGAUUUUCCCCAAGAACAGGAAUAUUCUGAAGAAAUAAAGCUCUCUUGAAGGAGAAGACAAUCUUCCUUAAGGUUGCAUACACCUGUGAAUGCUUUACCAUUGAAAUCUUGCUAAAAGCAAAGAAACUUACAGUGUAUCUCAUACAUAGGGCAGUUUGCCAAUUUCCCAAUCAGCCGUUAUAUUGCAAAAUGUUAAUGCACAAUUUUUUUGCACUAGAGCGUUAUGGAUGACUGAUUAAGAUACUGGUACAAAUAUACAGGGUUUCUACUGCUCAUUGUAUAUAGACAUUCACUCACUUUUUGUCAAGCAAAACGUUCCACAAUAAAUUUUCUUGGAAUAUUAAAUUAUUAGCCCCAUGCUUAGCACCAGUUAAAAUCUUGUGCAAAAGAGGACAAUGUAUCUUUUGUCAAAGUUUGACUAAAUUUAUUUCUAACCGUGAUUACAAGUGAAUGGAGACUUUCAGCCAGAACAAGAGCCCAUUUCUAAGAAAUAUUCAUUGGCAGUACAAUUGUUUUCUUCUGAAAUCCGUCAUCAAUCACCAAUUGUCAGUGUUAUACUAUUUAACAGCAGGGGGGUUAGCAGCUAUUGCUGCUUGCCAUGUACAAAUGUGAAUAGUAAUUUAUUUUAGAUAGAUCAUAAAGCCUGUGAGCCAGUGCUCAUAAUACAGUCUUCCCUUUUGCAUUUUUUUUUCAUUCUGUCAUAUUCAUGUCUGUAAUAUGACAUCAUUUUCUCAUGUUACAUGGAACUAAAACACAUUAUAGUAGCGUAUCUAUACUGAGUGCAAAUUGUCUAUAUCAAGCUGUCAUUCAGUUUCUACUUCAAGCAAAGAGAAAUAUUCAACCAUCUCUUUGCUUUCUGGAUGUUUUUGUUUGUUUGUUUGUUUCCUGAUUUUUAAACACACUGCUUAUUGCUUUUGUACUCAUUUUGAAAUAAGAAUUUUAACAUUUCUAAAUACAAAUGGUCGAGUAAAUCAUUAACAUUUUCUUAGAAGUUUUACUGAAUGAAAACAAACAAAAAAAGAUGCCAAUAAGAAAAUUAAUUAAGUCUUAAAAUUAGGAAGUUACAGAAGACAGUGAAAUAAAAUUUGAUUUUAUUCCUACACAUUGAGCUCAGAAAAAGGAACUUGCAUUGCUUUUCUAUUAAAUUCAAGUUUGAGUUUCUUUUUCUUAAUCUUUGUACAUUUCCAAGUGUCUUAAUGUCCAGUUGCUCUGUAAAACUGGAGAAAAAUAUUUCUGAACUCCAUGUGUGUGUGUGGGUCUGGCUGUUACACAGAACAAAAAGGAAAUGUAAGUCUAAUAACUGAUUUUCAGGUCAUGUGCAGAACAGAAAGAAAAAUUCAAAGAUAACCAACCCUUGGUCAGUUUAAUGACUCUACAUGUGUUAGGUGAAAGAUACCAGCAAUACAACACAGUAUUGUAGGGCCUUCAGCUAUUAUAUUCUUCUUAUGAGCAAGAAACUGUGAAGUAAAUUUAAUAAAUAAUCCUUUUCAGUUAGUUCCUUGUUCAUUUUUUAAUAGUUCUUGGCUUUUUUUUUGUUUGUUUGUUUGUUUCUGGAGUAAGUUUCAUUUAUCUGUCAUAUCUCAGAGUCUUUCACCUUUCUUGAGAAAGAACAAAAUCAUCAUAUCAAAGUUUUUGUGAUCUCACCCUACGUACAGGAAGCUACUCUGCAAAUGAAUAUCUUCCUUAGAAACAGUGGGCCAGGGAGGGAAGCUGCUGUGUGAUUAAAGUUUUUGGCAGGUGUUCAAAAUCAUUGCUACUGCUUUGGAAGUCUUUCUGCAGUGGUGAUAGCAGAAAAGAAAAGAAAAGAGAAGAAAAGAAAGGAAAAAAAAAAAAAAAAAAAAAAAAAGAAGAGAGAAGAAUAUUGAAAAGAAGUGCAAAAUUCUACCUAAGUAGUUACUAUUGAUAUUUUCUGUGCAGUGUAUUCUUAAGUGACCUAUGUCAUUAUGACCACUGAGGAAUGCACUGAAGGAAAGUUCACAGAAAGAUAGUUGUUAAAUUCUUUGGUCUUUUUAUUCUAUUUUUUAUUUUUAUGAGAGCACAGAUUCUCUGCAUUCUUUACCCAGUGAUACAUUUUUAGGAAGUUAUUCAAGAAUUGUUUUUCCUAACUGAGUGUUCUCUGAUAAGAGAUGCUCAGAGUUGGAGCACACUGACACGUUAUCCCAAGAAGUUUAUUUGGAGUACUGCUUAAACAGAAGCUUUAGACUUGAACCUGUAAAAGGAAAGAACCCCUGGUUCUAUCAGUUCUAUCCAUGACCCUCAAAUACCUCUCCUUCUCCAUAUGUUUGAGUCUUCUGUUCAGGUUGGAUCUCUUUCUCCUGAAGUUGUUUUACAGAGGGCUGUGUAUGGUGCUUCAUCAGAAUAAGACUCUUAAUAUGUUGUACGGUGGCCAGAUAAUGUCAGCCAGGAAAUCUACUUUCUGAGAUAUAUGCAGAAGACUUUUCCCCCAGUGUUGACCAGAUCAUUACGAUGGGCUAAUAAGACAUGCUAUCUAUUUUUUUUUUUUUAAACAGGUUAUGUGCUUCAAAGCUGUUAAAAACUGCUGCUUGUAUCACACAUCUUGCCUUUCUCCAGGCUAGCUGCAAUAAUUUUUUUUCUUGUGUAAAAUAUUUUGUAAACAAAUAAAGGCUGUUAUUAAAAAAACAAAAACAAAAGAAAAAAAACAACACAACAAAUAGGUGGGAGGGCGAGGGGGAGGGGGGGAAUUGGGAAAGAACGCCGGCAUUAUGAUCAAGUCAAUCUAAUUUUCAUUCCCAGUACUUCAUUCUGCCAUUUCACUACAUGCUGCUGUGACAUGAAGUAGGUGCAAAAGAACUUUUUGUACAGAGAUAUAUUUUUUAUGAAGAAUUUGUAAAAUUAUUAAAUAUGCUGUACUUUUUUGAUUAAUGUAGGUAAAUUGUUAAAAAUAAAUGUUUUUACAAUACAAAACAAAUUGUAAUUUUCCCAAUAAUGUAAAAUUUACCAUCUUUAGCAGAUUUUCAGUUUGGAUCCUAUUACACAUGUAUUAAUAUUAAAGUGGCCUGUUAAAAAUAAACAGUAUUCUCUUUGGAAAAAAAAAAAAAAGAAAAAGAAAAAUUAUAAAAGAUUGUAAUAUAGCCUGUGCAAUUCCACCUACCUUGAAAGCAAACUCAGAGUUCUAAUUAAAUAUUUAAUUUUAGAUUUUCA